GUGUAAAGGUCAGAGUUGAGCUGUUGGCUUCCUGUUGCAGUACGUGUGCUUACUGUGAUUGAUCAGUGAGCUAGCCACCCAGUUUGGCUUGAUUAGUUUGUAUUCGUCUAGAAGAUCUCUGGGAUCUGUAAAAUAGGAGUUUACUGGAUCCAGACGGUCUGGAAAAACUAUGGUGCUUCUCGAGAAUGACUCGUUUUUGACAGAGCUGACACGCCUGUUUCAAAAAUGCAGGACAACUGGAAGUGUUUACAUCACAUUAAAGAAAUAUGAUGGGAGAACCAAACCAACGCCUAGGAAAGGCAACCCAGAGACUUUCGAACCCGUUGACAACAAAUGUCUUAUCCGUGCCUCAGAUGGAAAGAAGAAAAUUAGCACAGUGGUCAGUAGCAAAGAAGUAAAUAAAUUCCAGAUGGCCUACUCCAAUCUGCUUAGGGCGCACAUGGAUGGCUUGAAGAAGAAGGACAAGAAGAGCAAAAGUAAAAAGACCAAAGCGACCCAGUGAGCAGCUGGAAACACCACCCAUACACACACCCCCGCCUGCCUCUGCCUCCCACCCAGACCUUCAGCACCCACCUGCUCCACCACCUCCACCCAAACGGCCGCGAGCAGGAACGGAACAGCUCGACAGCUUGUUGUAGGCCGCUGCGCCACUGACAUUCGUCUUAGCCCUGCAGUGGCGCGUGCCACAGAGGGCAGCUCUCUACCUGUAAAACUUUUGAAAGGUUUUGAAGUUUAUGCCCCUGGUGCCGGCACCCGUGCUUUGGAUUUAAGAUGUAGACGAACCCGUGGCCCACUGCUUACAAGCAACUGUGCGCAGAAGGCGUCAGAGGUCAUCCGAACGCUGCUUGACUGUCUUAAGUUUUUUUUUAAAAACCCACACAAAAUUCCUGUUUGCUUUCAACUGCCCCACUGUAGGAAAACUGCCUCUCUCGUAUUAAUUUGCCUGAUAGUUCAGGUCUUCACAUUUUUUCCAUUGAAAUCUUCUGCCCCAUCCUUUGGAUCUUGGAUGUAGUUUCUGUAGAAAAUCUCAUACGGUGGUAAUUUAAGAGUUCUGAAUGGAGUUUGAGUAAGGCCUUCUGUGAAUCCACGGUGUGGUGUGAAAUAAAUACACAAUGUGAUUGAUGCCAAUAUCUUCUAUAUUUAACGAGCUCUAACAGGGAGGGGCAAGACUAAUUUGGUGACUUUAUACAGACCAACAGAAGAGUUGGAAUUUAUCUUUUUGUUUUUAUUUUGAAAAUUUAAAUUUGAAAUUGCCAUAUUUUCAAAUCUAAGAGCUGUGUCCUUGUAAGUUUAUUUGGAAAUGGAAGUAACUUGUUUGGGUCUGUAUGGAAAUACUAAUGCGCUGUUGGGUUACAGUAAUAACUUGGGAUUCAUUUUGUUUUGAGAUUGAAAAUCAGUGGAUGCAUUUGCUGCAUAUGUUUUUGUCCUGAAAAUAAAUCAUACAGAGGAUGAAUUUAA